UUAAAUUCUCCAGAUCCACUAAAUCAGUGUGUUUUUCUGCAGUGUAUUGUGAGAUCACGGGUUGAGAAGAUGAACGCUCGAGUGUGCUGCUCGUUGAUCGCUGUCUUGUUGUGUCUCUCUGUGUGCUUGAGCACAAAAGAUGCCCAAAAAUGUGCCAUAGAAAAGCCAGGAUCUUGUCCUAAACCCACUGGAGUAGGACUAUGUGCUGAGAUGUGUUCUGGUGACGGUAGCUGUCCAAACAACCAGAAAUGCUGCAGCAAUGGAUGUGGACAUCAGUGUAUGGAUCCAUAUCAAGCAGUAAAGCCAGGAUCCUGUCCAAAACCUGUUGGAGCCGGACUGUGUGUUGAGAAGUGUUCUGGUGACGGUAGCUGUCCAAACAAUCAGAAAUGCUGCAGCAAUGGAUGUGGACAUCAGUGUAUGGCUCCAUGUACUGGUGGUAUGUUGUGUUAG